CCUCUGGCUGUUGGAAAACCCCGUCAUCCGGGCGUUUUCCAAUGGCCAACUUUAAAUAGAGCUUCUGCUCAAGGCAGCGACAAGAACAAGUGGGAGAACUGCUUACAACGCCCAGGCCACACUGACUGUACUUGUCUGGCAAGCAGCCUUCAGGCAUGAGCAGCAAGCACACACUGUUAGCUGCUGAGGUGGGUGGAGAGAAUGUCGAGAAGCAGACUGGCGUUAAGAGCUGUUUCCUUGGCCGGGCUUUCUGUGUGAUUGCUGUCCUCGGCUCAGUGACUUUCACUGCGUACCUGCUCCUCUGUCAACUUGGAGUUAUACCAUCAAAACAGGUGCUGUCCCCUCCUCCUGCACUCCUGCCAUUGGUUGACCAUCAUGUCCACCCUACUGACACCCUGCCUUCCCAUGCCAGAUUGAAAACAGCUCUGAUCGUAAAGGGUGAGAGAUACCUGCUAGCAGACCCUCUUAAUGAUGAGCUGCCUAGCCUCAUGAAAGUGAUGGGGAGAGCACCAGAGAAGAUCACGGUCCAUCUGACAGCCUCCAGAAAAAUAAAAGGAGAGAAGAGAGUGACCUGGCGAAACACAGAAAGCCUCCCUAGUGGUGUGGAAUUCAAGGACAACAGUCUCAUCAUCAAGGUCCCUGGUCAGUACUUUGUCUACACCCAGGUGGUCUUCUAUGGUGAUAGCUGUAAGGGUAAGACCAUCUACCUGAGCCACGAGCUCGCCAAGCUCUCGGCUUCCUACGGAGACAGGAUAACCUUGCUUGGUGCAGUGAAGUCCGUCUGCCACCCCGUCCAAUGCAGACCUCCGCCAACACGUGGUCCUUGGCCUGGGGACCCCUGGUACAAGACGAUCUAUCAGGGAGCCAUAUUUGAGUUCUUGGAGGGCGAUCGCAUCUUCUCCGGGUUCAGUGAGAACUCAGUGCGUUAUGUAAACACUGAAGUAGGGAGGACCUACUUUGGGUUAUUUGCUUUGUGAAGGGCUUUUCAUCUCUAAACCACCUCCCCACACCCACCACCAACACCAAGCCCCCAGGUCCAUGUAAUGAGCAAUGCGGAUGAAAGAAAACAUUAAUGGAUAGAGACAUGUGGGAGCCUGGGAUAGCUGAGCCUGGAGACUGGAGUGUGGGGGAGGUGAGGGGGAACGGUGGGCAAGGCUGAGG